AUGCAAUUCUCUACUAUUGUUUCCGUUGUCGCCGCUGCUUCCGUUGCUUCUGCUUUGACCAACUCUACCACUUCUACCGUUGAAGAAGAUGUUACUACUUUAGUCACCAUCACCUCCUGUUCUCACAACGCUUGUUCUGAAACUGUUUCCCCAGCUUUAGUUUCUACUGCUACCACCACCAUUGAAGGUACUGUUACUGAAUACACUACCUACUGUCCAAUUUCCACCACUGAAGAAGCUGUUUCCGUCAACACCACUGUUUCUUCUCAAACUUCCACUGCUGCUCCAUCCGUUUCUACUGCUGAAAACGCUGCCGCCAAAGCUUUGCCAGCUGCUGGUGCUUUGUUGGCUGGUGCCGCUGCUUUAUUGUUAUAA